AUCACUUAAAAAGUUUCCGCGAGAAAAUUGCUUAAACUUAUCAAUUUUCUCCAGUUUUUUCACUCGUUUUGCAUCACGGAUCGGCUAUUUGUAUGUCAAAGUAUCAUUUGCACAUCCAACAUCAUGGGAAACGAGACAUCGUCGCAACUAAAGGGCUUAGUAAUUGAUAAGAAGGCAAUUGAAGUGACGGACUUUUAUUCGCUAAAUUUGGGUCAACUUCCGCCUUCGUCUCCGCCGACAUCGGCAAAUAAAAAGUCAGGCAGCAACAAAGGAGGUUCAGCAUCGCCCGGCGGAAGCACAACAGAAAAAGUCGAAAAAGAGCUGCUCGCAAUAUUUCAAAACGAUGAUCCGCUGCAGACAAAUUUCCUGGUUGACGGACAAAAUCCGCUGACGAGAGCGAUUCAUAAUAUCAAAAUUUAUCGACAUCCGAAUAUUUUGAAAUACGUUGCGGCAUGGACUGUGGGAACGAAUGCUUUUCUCGCGACGGAAAAUUGCAAGCCGCUUUCUGCGGUGCUGAGUGGACUGAAUGACAUUCAAAUCUGCAUCGGAUUGAAGAGUAUUUUGGGAGCAGUUGCAUUUCUUGUUGAACAGGCCAAAGCACGUCAUCUCAACAUCUGCAUCUCCUCAAUUUACGUAAACGACGAAGGUCAAUGGAAAUUAUUCGGCUUCGAGCAUGUUUGGAAGUCCUCAGAUCUCUCUCAAACGAUCAUCGACAAAUCUGUCACGUAUCGCUACAAAAAAGCUGUCGGCAAAGACGAAAUCAAAACGGGCUUUCUUGGAAUUGAGCAAUUCGCUUUCGCCGUUUUAUGUGACGACUUGUUAAAACAAACAAAGGGCAGCAUUCCGCACAUUGAAGAAUUCCGAGAAUAUUGCUUGAAGCACUUGAAACACGAAGACGUGAAUUUCCGCCCAAGUUUAUCGGCGAUUUUGCUUCAUCCGUACUUCAAUCAUGACUUUAUCUUGAUCCAUUCGUACUUGACGGAGCUCCCGCUGAAAAGUCACGAAUCGAAACAGGAAUUUUUCAGCAAUUUAAUUGAUCGUCUUCGCGUUUUCGACGAGGAAAUUGUGGCAUCGCAGCUUUCUGGGUUGUUACUUUCGCGACUUGUGCUGCUCGACAUGACGGCGAAAAAUUGUUUCAUUCCAUUUUUAUUGAAACCCAAGAAUUUGGAUGACAUUCCGCAGCAAGAAUCGUUAAUUGUCGCCGGUCCGGGACUUUUUUCGACGGAAAUUUUUCAAAAAUAUCUGAUUCCUCGCAUCAAACAAGCAUUUGCCAUCAAAGACUCCCAAAUCCGCAUCGCCUUACUCGAAUAUUUCCCGUCGUACGUCGAGAUGUUCGCCAAAGACGAUCUCAAAAACGACAUUUUGCCGCAAUUGCUGCUCGGUAUCAAGGACACAAAUGAUUUUUUGGUGUCACGAACACUUCUUUGCAUGGCAGAUCUCGUCCCGAUACUCGGCGCAACGCAAGUAAUCGGCGGAAAUCGCACAAAAAUCUUCUCCGACGGACGUCCUCAAGGUCCCGAAACACAAAUUGUCAAAAGUCGCACCGAACCACGAUCCAUAACGCCCGUCAUUACCUCCGCCGAGCAUCUCAUGACCUCCGAAAGUCCCAUUCCCGAGCCCGUAGAUGUCUCCGGGUCAUUUACUUUGCCGCAAAAUGUCAACGGAGACCCUGAAAAUAGCAGUCAAGCUAUCGAAACUGAUGUCAGCUUAAAUCUAGAAGAGACUCAAGAGUCAAUGCCGGAACGUCUCACGCCAGAAGGCGAAGAAAUGGAACCCGUUGAUGCCACAAAUGAGAAUGAAGAUUGGAGCGAUUGGGAAAAUCCGACGCACAGCAUUCCAGAAACGCAUUCUAGUCAAAUAACGGAAGAAAUUGUCGCGAAUGAGGUCUUUGAAGCGCCUCAAGUGCGAGAAAUCGCCAAAACACGAACUGCAAUAAAGACCGACAACAUCGAUGAAUUAGAUAUUAAGAACCAGAUUUUCCGAAAAGUUGAAGAACCCGAAGAAUUUGACUUUUUUAAGGAUAUGGAGCCCGUCAUUAAGAGUGCCAGUGUCACUUUAUUCGAAAAAGAAGCGACAAAAGUGAGCCCAAAGCAGGAAACAGCCAGUACGAGACUAAAUAUCGCCACAGAAAAUGUCGCCAGUGAGGAUGGAGGUUGGGGAGACGAUGAUGCCUGGGGCGAAUGAGACUUGUACGAGCUCGCAGUUCAUCAGAUCUUUCUUAUUUUACUUGGCAUUUUAGUUUUUGACCUCCUUCGUGACUUGUUACUGUUUUCUUAAGGUAAUUUUUUGCACUAGAGACACUCUCUAAAGAGAUAUUUUAUUAAACCUACUUGAAUUAGAAUAAUU